AUGACGAUCAUUUUUUUCACGUGUGGAACGUCUUCAGCUUCGUUGUGUCCGAGGAUCGAAACUCCGAAAGAUUUUAACCUAACAAAAUACGCAGGGGUCUGGUACGAAGUCUACAGACAGGACAUCAACGAAAUUGAUACAAAAUGUGAAAAUCAUACGUUGACAAUCAAUUCUAAUGGUACGAUGAGUGUUUGGAUGCAAAGUUUCAAUAAAAUGAGUGGUUUCCACAGCAAUCAAGGUUUGGCUAUGCAAAAAAGGCCAACAGAACCAGCGGCUUUCGUCAUUCAUCUGACAAAUCCUCGUCAAACAAUCAAGUACAAUGUUAUUACCACUGAUUAUAAUCAAUAUUCACUUAUUUUUUCUUGUGAUCACGUGCCUAUUUUGGAUAUCAAUUUUGAACAUAUAUGGAUUCUUUCCCGAACGAAAACAUUAUCAUCUGAAAUCGUUAAAGAACUGCAGAAAGUUCUUCGACAUAUGCAUGUUCAUACUGAAAAUAUCAAGGCGACUGCUCAAGAUUGUUAA